AUGGCUGCUUCAUCCAGUCAACCUGAGACUAUGAAAGCAGAAUGCAGUCUGGACAAUCCAAAGGUUCAUUCUUUUUUCUUAAUUCUUUUUACAAAAAGCUAUAUUUUAUUCCUAUUACACUAUAUACAGUCUCAUUUCAUGGCCUUUGAAGAGAACUUUAUGAUUAUUUGGUGAUGUGUCCCAAAAAGAAACAUCAAAAGUCGCCAGAUGCUGUGUAAAAACUGCUUUCAUCUAGAAAACAGAAAACCACAUGCAAUGGUGUGAUCAUGCCCUUUUGGUGAAUGGGAGCGGUGAAAAUAAGGAGUGGACUGGACAUUACAUUUGGGGCAUUUGUUUGUUUGAUUAAUAAUUGUUCACAUGCCUGAUUAAUUCCUAUCUGCCGGGUGGAAGGGGUUUGUUUCUAAAGACACUGUAAUAUGUGCUACUAUGUUGGGGAAUUGGAGUGCUUAGAAAAUUUGCCUAUUCUACCCCUAUCAACUUAGUUUACAAAUUAUGUAUGUACUAACAGUUGACAGUUACUAAACCUGCUAUGUCUUUUGGUCUUGUAUCUCUUAACUAUUCACUGUUGAUGUUAUUGUUUUUGUAGGCUUGCUAUUCUGAGAGCAGUGAUCCAGUGUUACAUGUUACUCUUCUUGGUGGUGAGUGGGGUUCAUCUGCUGGUGGGUUGUCAACUAUAAACAGGGAGCUCGCUAUUCACUUUUCAAAUCAUUCAGCAGUGAAGGUUUUUUUACUAGUCCCGGAGGGAGCUUGCAACACUGACGAAAUAAGAGAAGCAGAUGGCUAUGGAAUCACCAUUGUUGAGGCGAAAGAACGUGCAGCAUUUGAUCGUCUUGAUUGGCUAAACUCACCACCCAAAGAUCAUGUUACGGACAUCGUUGUUGGCCAUGGUGUAAAGCUUGGUCGACAGGUACAAUUCAUCAGAGACUCUGCUCGAUUUCCAAAUUGUAAGUGGGUUCAAGUGGUGCACACUGCUCCAGAGGACCUUAGCAAAUACAAAUGCUACAGUGACCCCAUUUCAAAAGGUGAAACAAAACACGAAUCAGAAGUUGAACUUUGCAAACUUGCUGAUCUUGUUGUCCCUGUGGGACCCAGACUGAAAGAAGCCUACACUUCAUAUUUACAGCGGUAUAAGACAGGUCAAGACGUUUUGUCCAUUACCCCAGGCCUUUUUCAAAGGGAGUUUGGGGAUUUAAUACAAACCCGUAAUGAGCAUGCUGAGUUUAAAGUACUGCUAUUUGGUCGUGGGGAUGAUGAGGACUUUGAACUCAAGGGAUACAACAUUGCUGCUCAAGCAUUCACUGAUCGGCGGUUAAAAAACAAACCUUACCAUCUAAUUUUUGUCGGAGCACCUGAAGGAAAGCAAGAAAAAGUUAGAGAAAAACUUCUUCAACGUGAAAUUGCAGAAGCACAGUUGACUGUUAGAAAAUUUUUACGAAGUAGAGAGAAACUGAAAGAUUUGUUGUGUGAAGCUGACCUUGCCAUCAUGCCAUCAAAAUCAGAGGGAUUUGGUCUUGUCGCACUCGAAGCCUUGUCUGCAGGUUUACCAGUUCUUGUUGGUAGUAAAUCGGGAUUUGCCAAAGCAUUAGAGCAAGUUCUUCAUGGUAAUACAUGCAUCGUGAAUUCGGAUGAUCCUGCAGAAUGGGCAAAAGCAAUUGAGGCUGUUCGUAUCAGGCAUGGAUUGAGGCUUCAAGAGAUAAAAUCGCUGAGAGCAUCUUAUGAGGAGAUGUACAGUUGGAAGGAGCAAUGUGAAGCCCUCGUGAACAGAAUGUGGAAAAUGAGUCAUGGUAAGAGUUAAUUGUUAAGCUGAUGUACUUAAUUGAUUAUGUUGUGCCAGACAUUACACUAAUGUAGUUUUCGUGGCACAGUGUACGCAAAUGUAAGGUUGCAGCGAUAGGCUUUCAAAAGCACUGAAUACAUGUAGUUCUUGGACCACAUUUUCGAGUACCAUAAGUUCUCUUUGCAAACUUAGUACAUGUACGAAUUUUCCCAGAAUAUUUUUCCCACUAAAUUUAUUGCUGGAUAAAUAUGGCCAAGACAAUAAUAUACUUCUUUACAAUCCUAAUAAGUUACUUUCCUAAGAAAUCACCUUCAACUCUUUUACGUGUAGAGCCACACUUGAAUUUCAGUGUUGUUAUUUUUAAACUGCUACUGAAGGACAACAUACAAAGACAGUCAGUUUUGUGUUGGGCAGUGACAAACAUGCAAAAAUGAAAUGGACUACUUGAAAUUUUGAUGCCUGCUUUUUCUUUAUAAUAAUGAAGCUUAAAUGUUUUGUACACACCUUUUAAAAUUGUAUUGGAGGUUGUCAAAGUGAAUUUAAAUGCAUGAAAAGAUCUGUAAUGCGUAGAUUAAGGGUCUCCACCACAUUUAAGGGUCACAGUUGUCUGUGACCGUCAAAUUUAUUUUUAGUGUUACAUGCAUGGGGCGUGGUUCCGCACCGGCGGUUGUGGGUGGCGGAGAUGUGAAUGGGUUCCAAAAACAUAUAAACAUUAUUUUGUAAGAAGCUUAUAAUUAAAGGCUUGUUCUCAAACCAGAUGCUUCUGAUAUACUGAAAGGAUGUUUCUGUCACUGAAAAGCAGCCUGUUGCAAAAAUACAUGCUUCACCCUCUGGAUUCUCAGAAGAGCUAUGUCCAGUUGAUGAAGAGACUAGAUACUCCUAGCGUUUCGGGGCUCACUUCUGACCAACGCCUGGGACCAUGAUUCACCAUUUGGCGAGAACAGAUGAACAACUAAAAAAGAAACGCCUGCAUUUUUAUAGUCUCGCAGCCGAAGCAAGCUCGACUAAAAAGUGAAAAGAAACAAAAAUGGGAUCGCUUGCAAGUAUUGCCCUUAAGUCUUGAUAAAAAUAUACGCGAAUACCUAUCUGAACGUUAUGCUUUGUUAACAGCAAAACGUUUCUAUUUCUUCAGGUACAUUGUUUUCAGCGGAAUGGUCUGUGGAGGCUAUUUUGAGACUGUCAUAGACGGUCAUAGUACUUAUUUACAGCACUUCACAUAUUUGAUUAUAGUUAUAUACACAUAAUCCCCGCAAUAGCUUGUUUUCUCCAUUUUGUUGCAACAGAAGAUUCUCUAAAGGCCCGGAGCUCCUUGGAAACAAAGUGCAACGUUUCUCAGAGGAUGGAAGGCAUGACUGAGGACCACGAAGGUAUCUUCGUAGACAUCAUGCCUAGAAAUCAUUUAUGUCUGUUCUUAACCAAGUGAGAGAAGCCCAGGAGGCGAACGAGAGGUAGAAGAAAUAGGGACGGGGAGAGAAAUAAAAGGCCGGCCGCUGAGCUUCUAUCCCAGGAAUAUACAACCUGAUAUAUUCCCAACAAAUGUCCGCCCCGGGGAGGAAUGGUCACACUUGAAAUUGACUGAACCUUAAGUUUCAAAGAGAUAAUUAUUGUAACUAAAGCUUUUUUUUUCAGAGCCUUCUAUAGAAAUUUACAACAAUCAAAGAACAAACUCUUACGACGGCAAGCAGUUUGUUUCAGAAACGUCCCUUAGUAGUGACUGUGAAAUGAAAGCUGAUGCUGCAUCAGGAUAUCAAACUAAAAUAUCCACGGAAACAGACUCUCAGUCUCAAGGUAGCCGUGAGCUUAAAAUGUCAGGAUUCUCUUGUAAUCCAGGUAUGCAAAAGCAUGAGUUGUUUCUCUUGCUAUUGCUCAUCAGUACACUACUAUAUCCAAAGGGGAGAAGUGAUUGUCAGAUUAUUCAAAGGUACUUUUUCCUACAGGACUUGUUACCGUUUACGCUUGUAAUAUAGAAGUGUAUUAUCUCGGAUGAUAGCAAAACUUAUAGUGCCGAUCGAUCAGUAGUCGCUUGAUAGUCGCCAUUUUCUUCAGCGGUUAUAAAAAAAGAUUUUGAAUAAAUACUAAAUAAAUAAAUUUAUAAAUAUGCAAAAAAUUAAAAUAUAUCAAACACUAAAAUUAAAAAAAUUACUUUGGUUACUUUAACUGAAACUGAAUAAAACCUACUAAAAACGAGUAAUGAAAUUGCAUCUUAUUACAUACAUUGUAAGAGCUUUCUGGAAUGAAAUGUCUUGAGUGCCUUCUUAAAAAUGACAACUGAGGGGCUCAUCCAUAUCGCGAAAAAAAACAAAUGCCAAAGUUUGGGAGCAGCAACAGCAAAAGAGCGAUCUUCUAAUGUGGUUUAAGUCCUGUCUCCAUUAUCCAGUUUAAAAAAACUUAGUGACAAAUAUUUUCAACAAUAUGUGCGAACAGGUUUUGUAAUUUUCCAAAUUGUAUCUUUCAUCGAAUUGCUAUAAACGUUAACAUUCUAUUGACAUUCAAGUAUGCAGCUAAUAUUGUGAAUCUGUGAUAACGUCCUAACCAAGUUGCCUUGUUGGGGGUCUUUGUGAAUGAGGUUUUUAAACCUCUUUGGCUAUGGGUGAGGCGCCUGAGUAGACAUUCAAUAAUGAUGAGUACCUUGACGAGAGCCGUCUUUUAAAUUCAGGUACUUCGAGUGAGGAGAGCGGAAUCUUUUUUUAAAGAAGCAUAUGUCCUCCAAGAUAGCUAGUCAUGAAGGUGCAUCCUCCCUGAGGAAGGAACCUGUCACAUAACAGUAAAAAUUAUAUUAAAACGUAAAUUUGUGUAAGUAGGUAAAUAAAUAAGUGUUAAGUUAUUGUGCAUAAUGAAUGUUUUGCUAUAGUUUUAAAAACGUGUAACUUUCCUCUUAUUGAUUUUCAGACUCUGUUGUUAUUACUGCCUUGAUCAAAGUUCAGAUUUCUGCGAAUACCCAAGGUUUAACUGUUGCACAACAAAGAAUAUUAAAAGAGGAAUUAGAGCAGUUGGCUUAUAGGUACCAAAGACACCAAGAUCUUUCGUCGUUGCCAUUUGUUAGUAGAGUAGCCCGCCUUGCUGAGUUUAUAGAAAAGGCUUUUGAAGUGGUCGUACUGUUUGUGCAACCAGGAUCUUUGAUAAUAACAGUACAGUGCCCCAGUCUAGAGAGUCUUGAAAGUCUGUGGAAUGAUUACUGUUCUGGUUACCUUAAUGACAUCGUUGAAAGGUUCCUGGUGACUGAUGAAAUCAAGAGAAAGCUCGGGAUGGACAAUGUCAGGUUGAAGACAACUAUAGAAGAAGAAAACUACUUGAUUUGUAAGAAAGCUUUCAUAGAAAACUCAGGUGAGUGGGGCAAUCUCAGUAGACUACCUUUUUUUUGGGAACAUGUAUUUUGGCUUAAUAAGUUUUAUGCUUCGAGGACCGUGUAGUUUUGCUUGUCAUCAAGCUGAACUUGGCCUUCUAGUAUGUUAUCAUUUUUGUUCAUUAUGACCGUUGUGGUGCCCUUGUCUGCCUUUUUGACUACUAUUUCUGUGUUAGAUCUGGGUUCUUUAAGUGCUAUACGUUCUCUGAAAAUCAGUAAGAAAGAAAGAGAAAUACGCGAAUUCGAAAUGGAUUUGAAGAAUUUCUUUUGUUUGCGCACUAAUUAAAGAGAUGAUGACAUAAUUUCUGCCUAAAGAUCAGGUCUGAAAACGGGUAUGGAUUUGGUCUGGUCUGGUCUGGUCUGAAAACGGGUUUUCUAAGUGUCGAAACAGCGUCGACUCUACUCUAUGCUCAAGAAACCACAACCGCUCAUCUGCGAAGCCAUUCUUGUUUUCCUGAUUGCUUGAUUAUUCUAAAUGAAGAUAGAAUACUUUCAAAAGAUUAGGAAAAGGGAUUUUUCGGACUCUCGAAAAAUAAAAAAAAUACUCAAUUAUUUCGUUUUUAACUAAAAUGACCGUCUGGCCGGCCGCUUCCGACUUCGUCGCCCUUCGACAUGGAUUAGCUAUGGAUAGUUGAUAUCCUGAAAGGAUGUUUCUUUCACUGAAAAGCAGCCUGUUGCAAAAAUAUAUGCUUCACCUUCUGGAUUCUCAGAAGAGCUAUGUCCAGUUGAUGAAGAGACUAGAUGCUCCUAGCGUUUGGGGCUCACUUCUGACCAACGCCUGGGACCAUGAUUCACCAUUUGCGAGAACAGAUGAACAACAAAAAAAGAAACGCCUGCAGUUUUAGAGUCUAGCAGCUGAAGCAAGCUCGACUAAAAGGUGAAAAGAAACAAAAAUGGGAUCGCUUGCAAGUAUUGCCCUUAAGUCUUGAUAAAAAUAUUCGCGAAUACCUAUCUGAACGUUAUGCUUUGUUAACAGCAAAACGUUUCUAUUUCUUCAGGUACAUUGUUUUCAGCGGAAUGGUCUGUGGAGGCUAUUUUGAGACUGUCAUAGACGGUCAUAGUACUUAUUUACAGCACUUCACAUAUUUGAUUAUAGUUAUAUACACUUAAUUCCCGCAGCUUGUUUUCUCCAUUUUGUCGCAACAGAAGAUUCUCUAAAGGCCCGGAGCUCCUUGGAAACAAAGUGCAACGUUUCUCAGAGGAUGGAAGGCAUGACUGAGGACCACGAAGGUAUCUUCGUAGACAUCAUGCCUAGAAAUCAUUUAUGUCUAUUCUUAACCAAGUGAGAGAAGCGCAGGAGGCGAACGAGAGGUAGAAAAAAUAGGGACGGGGAGAGAAAUAAAAGGCCGGCCGCUGAGUUCUAUCCCAGGAAUAUACAACCUGAUAUAUGCCCAACAAAUGUCCGCCCCGGGGAGGAAUGGUCACACGUGAAAUUGACUGAACCUUAAGUUUCAAAGAGACAAUUAUUGUAACUAAAGCUUUUUUUUUUCAGAGCCUUCUAUAGAAAUUUACAACAACCAAAGAACAAACUCUUACGACGGCAAGCAGCUUGUUUCAGAAACGUUCCUUAGUAGUGACUGUGAAAUGAAAGCUGAUGCUGCAUCAGGAUAUCAAACUAAAAUAUCCACGGAAACAGACUCUCAGUCUCAAGGUAGCCGUGAGCUUAAAAUGUCAGGAUUCUCUUGUAAUCCAGGUAUGCAAAAACAUGAGUUGUUUUUCUUGCUAUUGCUCAUCAGUACACUAAUAUAUCUAAAGGGGAGAAGUGAUUGUUAG